AGAACCAAAAAAAAAAAUAAGCUUCAACUUGGUGUGUGACUUGUAUUUUUUCUGUUUUGUUUUAAAUUUUACCAAAAUAGUACACAGUGGGACAUAUGAUCAAGAUAAAAAUUAGACGGGCGUAACCACAUAUUAUUGCCCUAUUUUUCAGAGCUGAACGUGUCCAUUCUCGAAUCAGAAUGUGUGACGUACUUGGAUCAGUUAAGGACCAGUUAACAGACAUUGAAAAUGAACUGGAAACAAAUACGGAAGCUUGCGAAAUGUUUGAUUGUACGAAGCCCACGUUAGUGGAUAUGCCAGUUGAGAUACUAUUAAAAAUAUGCUCUUUUCUGGAUGCACACUUUUUAAAACACACUUUGAGUAAAGUGUGUCAACGAUUUGAGGACAUAUUAGCAGAUGAUCAUCUAUGGAAAUAUUGGGUUCAUAGUAAAAUUAAUGGCUGUUACCCAACACUACCUCGUCUGAAAGUAUGGGAAGACACACAAAUAGACUGGGAACCAGUAUGUGUGGAAAUGGAUGUGGAGAUGAAAAAAUGGACAAAUGUUAAGGAUACAAUGAGACAUAUUGUUGUGAAAGAUGUUCAUUUUGCUUCAGUGGAUACUGUACUAUUGGUCAAUAAUGGUGAGAUUUGUAUAUCAGGUGGUAGAGAUCGUGGAAUGGCACUAUGGCAUGUUUUGGAUAUUAGUCCUAAUGAUGAAAGUGACGUCGUCACCACAUUUACUGAUGCGAAGCCUAGGUAUAUCAGACAUGAUGCACACGCCGGAUGGGUCUGGGACUUGGCUGCAGACAACAUAGAUUCUGCUACCACAAUAUAUUCUGCAUCAUGGGACAAUACAGUAAAAGUGUGGGAUCUUGAGGCUGGAUUUCAUUGUAAACAAAGAUUUCGAUGUGGUAUGUCAGCAUUGUCUGUUGUUACCAUUGGUAAUGAAGUUAUUGCUGGAUUAUACUCCAAAAAGAUCCUGUCUUUCGACUUACGAGCGGGGUCUUCUCCUACUUAUUCAUACAAGCCACAUAAAGGACCAGUAUUGGCACUUCAAACAUUCGGUAAUAUGGUUGCCUCCUUGAGUGAGGACAAAACUAUGGCUGUCUGGGAUAGAGUUGCUGGGAAACUUUUAUUAAGUGAUGUGAAGAUACCAACUGGUAAAGCUUAUCCAGUUUGCAUUAGCUGGAGUCCCUCCGCAUUGUAUGUGGGGGACUCGAAAGGUUGCCUACACUUGUUCAAUCCUGAAGACCACACAUAUGUGAGAACACAUGAAUUAUGGCCUGAGCCACCUAUCACAAAACCACCCAGUAAGAUAACAGGGUGCUAUCAAAGUCCAGGCAAUAUGAUAGUCUGCUCAGACAGAGGAGAAAUUAAAUUUAUGUACAAUUGCUACCCUCCACAAGAGUAUACUAAUGUGAAAAGCAGCACAUUUGAUAUAACUCAGUUACGGUAUUUGAACGGCGUGCUGGUAGUCGGUACCUGUGAUUCUGCACUCGAAUUUUGGGUACCGAAAGAGAGAUACCAAGAUGACUAAAAUAUUUUUUAAUGAAAGGUAGUUGGAAUUUAGAGUUGACUUUUGUCCAAUGUGAAGUCUGAUAAUGAAAUGACAAUGUCUAUGUGUAUUUAAAGUUUUAUGUAACAUAAUUAACGUGUCAAAUUGUAUUAAUACAAAAAUUAACUUAAAUGUCUAAUUAGCCUAUUUUAAUGUUAAUAGGUGCUGCAACUUCUUGAGCUUGUGCUAUGAUAUAGUCUAUGUUCAGUUUAUAAUCUUUACUGUGAUAUAGCAUCUCAAUUUAUUAUUUAAUAGGAUAAUUGUUAAAUCACAUUUUAUUUAAAUGGAUAUGGCUGCUGUUGUACAACUGUAAAAAUGAGUGUUGAAAAUAUGUUGGAAUGAUCAACAUACUCUUACUGAAUUCCUUUGAAUGCAUUUUAAAACUAUUUUAGGUAAUAUACCAAUCAGGCAUUUUUUUAUCAUAUCUGACGACAAAAGAACAGAAUAGAUAGAUUAUUAUUUAUUGAGGACCAAUGAGAUUAAAUUAAAAGCAGAGGAAGUAAGCAAUUGGUAGACAUAAUAAAAUGUUCUAUACUAGUUGGGAAUAGAACUUCUUCCGACCAACUACAAAAAUAAAAAAACCUAAGGCCUUGUUCCACUUGACUAAUUAAGAUGUAGUCAAGUAAAAUAGCAUUCAGGGAGUUAAAAUUCUAAAUUUAAAAUUCUAGAAUCUUAAGUCGGAAGAUAAGUGUCCUUUGAGACUGAGUAGGUAAAGUAAUUGGGAAGCGAUUUAGGACUUUAGAAUUUAGUCAAGUUUAACAAGGCCUAUAGUGAGAAAAGCAAUUUUUAUUUUAAACAGCCUUUUCGUAACAUAGUUGCAGUCUUUUAAAGCAUUUUUUUUUUAUUAACAUCAUUAAUUUCUUAACGUAAUGUUAAACUGAUUUAAUGUUCUCUACUAUCUGCUGCUAACUGUACAAAAUAUCUAUACGUAUAAUAAAAGGUACCUAAUAUUUAAUAAGGUGAAUGAGCUUCAGAAGAUUGUGUAUUCGGUUUGUUAUUUAUAAAUGUUUCGAAUCGUAGAUGGUGAGCCAACAAGCUCACUUGCAUUCAGUGUCGUUCUAUUUUCUGUAGUGCAUUAGGGUCAAUUCACACUGAAAGAGCAGCGGCCGGCAGCGGCCGGCAGCGGCCGUAAUUGCAAGGGAUUGAGCGCGAGCGCGGCGGGCCGCGCGGCGCCGCGCUGGGCCGCACCGCGCCGCGCUCUUACAUUUUCCGUGCUCUUACGGCCGCUGCUCUUUUAGUGUGAAUUGACCCUUAUGAUGUGAUGCGAUUGAAUCAAUUCAUUCACCUUAUUCUCAAUGGACUCUUUUCACGACUAGUAAAAUCUGCUGUAUAAUGUUGUUAAUACGGCCGUAUGUAAUAUUGUUUUUAAUACGGCCGGCUACUGGAACAUGAAUUUUCAUUGUUCAGUAGCGCACAGAGACGCUCUAAGUGACUGCGUACAUGCGUGUUCGUGAGUGCGUGCGAAAGUGUAAACUAGGCCUAAUAUAAACACGUUGUAUACAUGUCUUAUCUGUUGUUAGAACCGUACGUAAUAAGAUAGUUAUCGCUGAAUUUUAUUAUGUCUUCAAUGUGUUUUAAAGAUUUUAAACCAUUCAUAAAUACUUACAUGAUCUUCAAAAUAAAGACUAAUAUAAU